AAUUUUUGUCAGCUUUGAGCUUAGCUCUUUCGAGGAAACAAAAAUGUACAAUGCUCGUAAACUUCUGUUUCUGAAUGUAAAGGUUUAAUUUUAUACGUCGGUGUUAAGCCUUCCGUUCUUAUAAAGAACGUCGAGGAGCUCGUUUUAUCUAUAAAUAAUCGGUUGAGUUGCGCAACAUGGCGAAUUGAGCUCAGCUGCUGUAAUGAAACUCUCAAUAAUAACUUUGUGACUGUGACACGCUCUAGUUAGCUUUGAAGAUUUUUAACGCGCACGGUUGGCGCGGUGCGGCAGCGGCGGCUUGUUACAGUUAGCUGCGCGCGCUCGGGCUCCGUGAAGUGUGAUGCUGGCGGCGAGCUAGGCGCGGAUCGGAGCUCGUCGAGCUCAGGGUAUACUGCAGCAGAGCGCCGGGCGCUGUGUUUCUGGUCAGGAGCAAGUGUCAGCCGUCAAGCUGGAGCGGCUACCCGAGUACCUGCGCGACACCGUCGACUGGUUCAUGGGGUGAGUCGCUUGCUGGCUCGCCGCCGUAUGUAAGUGCGCGGGCCGACCGCGGGCCGCCAUGCUGGAUUGUCUGUGGAAGGCGCGGCGCAAAGACCGCGAGGGCGAGGCGGCAGGCGACCCUAAGCUGUACCUCCAGGAGGCGCUGCUGGAGCGCAAGCUGCCCGAGCUGGACAUGCGGCAGCUGGUCGACCUGCCGCGCCACCUCGACUACAACGAGUGGCUCGCCUCGCACAGUGAGUACCACCACCUCACAUACAAGCUGUACCUCCACGAGGCGCUGCUGGAGCGCAAGCUGCCCGAGCUGGACAUGCGGCAGCUGGUCGACCUGCCGCGCCACCUCGACUACAACGAGUGGCUCGCCUCGCACACAUUGGCGCUAUUCGAGCACGUGAACCUGGUGUACGGCGCGGUGUCGGAGUUCUGCACGGCGAGCAGCUGUCCCGACAUGUCGGGCCCCGGCGGGCGCGUGUACGCCUGGGUGGAUGAGCGCGGCAAAAAGGCGCGCGUCGCCGCCCCGCAGUAUGUGGACUACGUGAUGACGCUCACGCAGAACACCGUCAACGAUGAGACGCUUUUCCCCACCAAAUACGCGAACGAGUUCCCGGCGAUGUUCGAGUCGGUGGUGCGGCGCGUGGUGCGGCUGCUGUUCCACGUGGUGGCGCACCUGUACGCCGCGCACUUCCGCGAGCUGGCGCUGCUGCGCCUGCACGCGCACCUGCACCUCACCUUCGCGCACCUCACCGCGCUCGACGCGCGCUUCCAGCUGCUCGACCACAAGGAGACCGAGGUGCUGCGCGACCUGGAAGUGGCGCUCCGACUGUCGGAGCCGGCCUCGUCGCCGCGGCGCUCGCCCGUCGUCACGCAGCCGCUCGGCGCCGCGUGACCGGCGGCGCCCUCUAGCAGUGACUACGCCGUGUGACCGGCGGCGCCCUUUAGCAGUGACUGCGCUAUGUGACCGGCGGCGCCCUCUAGCAGUGACUGCGCCGUGUGACCGGUAGAGCGGGCGGUCAGCCGCCCCACGUCGCCGAGUGACGGCGGAGUCGCUAGGACGCCCGUCCGCCCCGGUGCGGCGUCUACCAGCCUCUAAACCUAAGUUAAAACGAUUGUUAAUUCUAUUGUAAAUAUUUCAAUCUGUUAAGUAGUUUUAGGUGAUUACGAUUAGUUAAUACUAUUAUUUGUGAUUGCUUUGGUUGUAAAUAAAAGUGAUAUUUGUUUAACUAAUAAACUGAAAGCCUUAA